CUUUUGCAGAGAAUGUAUCAUUGUUUAUAAGUAACUAAAUAUUUUAAUGCAUUUGUUUAAUUGAAAUACUGCAAAAUACCCUGUUCUUAUAAAUCAAUAUAUAUUAUUGGAAAACCUUUUAAAGUCAACUCAUCACUGUAAAUAUAACAUAUUAAAUUAAAUACAUCAUGUAAUUAAUUCAAUUGUAUAAAUUACUUUACAAUAUAUUUUACCUCUUCACAAGAAUGUGCAUAUAUAAGGUCAGUUUUGAAUUCAUUAGUAAUUUCCAAAAUUUCAUAAAAUACUAUGGAUGACAAGAAUAUAUCAAGAGUUGCUGGGAGUAACUAUCAAUAAAGAUUACAAAUUUACUCAAUCACCUUUUUAUAAACUAUUCAUUUAUUAAGUACUAUACAGCCAACUUUUUGCUCUAAUAUUGCCAAAUUAUGCUCUAAUAUAUGUUAUUAAAACAAAUAACAAUCAAUUAACUUAUUUCAAUACCCUAGUCAAUAAUGAAACAGAAUUUUUAAUCGUUAAUAUAUUUGCUGCUACAGUAAAAUAAACAAUUUUUUCCUGCACAGAACUGGAAAUUAUAAAAAUUUGGAAUGCAAUUGAAUAUAAUUCAUUUAUUUACAAACCAAAAUCAAAGAGUCUACUUGUUUAAAACAUCUCAUUAAACAAGAAAAAUAACAAUAAAUUAUUUAAAUAUUACAAGGACUUAAAAUAAUGGAUCAUAUUGAACUUGGUCAAGAUAAAAAAUGAUCCAUAUAGGAUUAUACUAUAGUGAAAAUAUCAAUAAUAAAAAAUAAUAUUUUAACACAUCAUAAACAAAUUUAUACGAAGUCUUUCAGAUAAACAAUAAGAUACUUACUUAAAUACUUGUAAGAAAGUUCCUGGAACUACACGACAAUUAAGUCUUAUUUGCAUGUAUUUUCCAGUAGCAAAAAUAACAUUUUUAAUGUAAUGUGCAAUUUUUGUGAUUCACAAAGCUAUCAAAACUUGUGUGUUAUUCAACAUUGUGUUUAAAGAUUAUAAUACAGAUAUAGACAGUGCUGCUUAUAGUACAAGAUAGGCUGAAUUUGGACAAUAUAUUUCUCACUUUCAUAAUUGCUAUUGUAGAACGUUUGAUGACUCAUGGUUUUACAAAACCUAUAAGAAACACAUUACAUUUGUAUUUCUCAAAAUUGAUACAAAUAAAUGUUACGAAUUAUAUUACAGAAAAAUUAUUUGAAAUAAAUACAAUUUUUCUUUCGUUUAAGUCAUAUUGCAAUGAAAUAUUCAUAGAACCUGUACAAAAUUUUCAUAUCAUUUAUGUAUAUACACUAUGUUAUAAUUCUACUUGAAUGCAAACAAUCAUAUUUAUUUGUCUGACUCUUUGACUAUCAAUGAUAACGUAAUAUAAUCUGCAUUGUUUAUUUCAAAGAAGGUUAAAUUAGUCGUAAUAAAUUUAUACAUAUAUGUGUGUAUGUGUAUACAUCGCAUGCACAAAUGCUUCAUUCCUUAUAAGGGCUCAUGUUAUUGAAAAUAGGAAUGAUUUAAAUAUGUUUGUUUGAAAAUCGAGAUUUAACGAAUAUUCAUCGUCUUGGAGCUUGCGGCUCGGCCAUCGCGCUAUACCCACCCAAUAUAUAUUCUACGAUUUUCUGUCGUGUCAAUUUCGGUUUAUAACCAGUAGUCAGUACGUAGUGGCUGCGUCCACAUUGUGGAUGCAAUCGCAGUGCACCCCGCCUUUUCCUUUGGCGCUCCUUGUAGGCAAGAAAGUAGCUAGAUUAUAUCUGUCCGUCUCUGUCGCGCUCGUGAGCGCGGCUAAACUGCACCGUGACUGCGCUAUCACAAACAGGCAGAGCAGACCAGGCAGUGCAGGCAAGCACAGGCGGCAUUAGCAGCAGGUAGACGUGAGCCGGUGAAAGAGCAAGGCGUUGUCGUGCGCCUCCUCGUCACCACGCACUGGCUCACGAUGAGUUUAUUCUUUUCUUUUUUUUUACCAAUCCCGUUUGCACACACGUAUACACGACGCCGUAAGUGAAGGAGAGAGAAAGAACAUUUAUAAAUAUAGUCGCCCCUUUGUUCGCGAGCUCUUUUAGGCUAAGGCAAGAAGGAGAAAGAGAGAGAGUGAGCGACUAUGCGAACGAUCAUAUAAGUUGCUGGGGUAGAACGGUCAACAUGAGUAAGGACGGCGAGCAGUUACUCCAGUGUCUAACUGUCUACUCUCGCACAUCCUCUUCUCCAACAGUGUCAGCUGAUCAAUGGAUUACGUUCGUUUCACACUAACCACGAUAAUCACCUGGAAAAUAUAAGUUCACUCAACAAGGCUGUACAAUAGCAAUACAGAAAAUGGGUAACAAAACAAGUUGUUGCUCAUAUACUAGUCCACAACUUGGACAAAAAGAUUUAUCAGGUGAUGGUGGUGUGAGGAGUAUUGAGGAACGUCUUCCUGAAGGUGAUAUCAGUAUCAAUAAUCUUCAGCACAUUAGUGAAAGAGAACCUGAAGAUUGGGAUUGUGAUCCGUCGAUACAUCCAUCUGCAGGCACUAUUUUUAUGGAACGUUCUAAACAAGCAAUUGAAAAUGGGUUAACAAGGAAAAAAAGUCAAUACCAAAUAGCAGAUACCAGGCCACUCAAAAAGAGCAGCAGUUGUAGUACUAUAUAUCUAGAUGACAGUACUGUUUCACAACCUAAUUUAAAAAAUACUGUGAAAUGUGUAGCUCUAGCUGUAUAUUAUAACAUUAAAAAUAGAACAUCUAAUAGACAAAUUGAUAUAUUUGAUGAAAAAUUGCAUCCGCUAACUCGUGAUGGCGUGGCAGAAGAUUAUGAUAGACAUAAUCCAGAGCAUAAACAAAUUUAUAAAUUUGUCAGAACCCUUUUUAAUGCUGCGCAACUCACAGCUGAAUGUGCCAUUAUAACACUAGUGUAUCUCGAACGCCUACUUACAUAUGCUGAGAUAGAUAUAACACCAGCAAAUUGGAAAAGAAUAGUACUUGGUGCGAUACUAUUAGCUUCAAAAGUAUGGGAUGACCAGGCUGUGUGGAAUGUUGAUUAUUGUCAGAUCUUAAAAGAUAUCACGGUAGAAGAUAUGAAUGAACUCGAAAGACAAUUUCUGGAGAUGCUUCAAUUUAAUAUAAAUGUUCCUUCAAGUGUAUAUGCCAAAUACUAUUUUGACUUACGCACGCUUGCCGAAGCAAAUGAAUUAACAUUCCCUAGUGAGCCUUUAAGUAAAGAAAAAGCUCAAAAGCUUGAGGCAAUGUCGAGAGUUUAUGAAGACAAAGUUACGGCCGACGUUUUACGAAAUGGUAUUAAAAAAUGGUCUAGUUUAGACAAUGUAUGCUUAGGUGGACCCAGGCGGAGUAUAGCUAUUUUGUCUUAAAAAAACUACUUUUCGCGACUGUAAGCAUUGCUUUCGUGAUCUUAUGAAAAGUAUACUUACAAUAUCGAUCGUCUGAAAUGAUCAUUAGAUAUUCGUUAUGACUGUGAGAGUAAUGUAAUCAAAUUUUUUAUACAGCGGGAUUUUUUAAGAUCUUUAAUAAUAAUACUGCGUGCUUUGUUUUACAUAAAGCUGCUACAUUUUAAGUAAUAUUUACUUUGCAUUUGGGAACUGCAUAACAUAAAGUUUAUUAAUAGUUUGAACACUUUUUAAAAUGAUUAUUUUGUAUCUUUUUAUAAAUCCAGUUACAUUAUUGAUUAUUUUGCUCGAAUCACGCAUUAAAAAAUUGUAAAUAAGAAGAAAUCGAUUUAUACAAGUUUUACAGUACAUUAAUACAAUAUUUAGUAACACUCGUGCAUGUGUAUCAAAAAGUAUUUAGUUCUUGCAAUUCAUGUAAGAUAGUUUGGGAGCAAAUAUCUUUUGUGAUGUGAAAUCAAACAAAAUUAAGUGCGACGAAAAUAAUACAAGAAUAAUAUUAUUAUUGAAUUUUUUACAAAUACUUACAUUUUUUGUAGAAGGUUGUAACAUUUGUUUAAGUUUGUGGUGUCUUUAUAUUUUUUAAAUUUAUUCAUUUCAAUUUUCAUUUUUUCUUUCCUUUCUAAAUUAAAAAUGAAAAUUGUUCGUAUAGUUACGUUUUCUUUAUAAUAAUUGGCGCUAGUUCCGUUAAAGUAUUUAUUGUUUCUAUUAGCUAAAAUUAUUAAAUGUACGAAACUAACCAAUUUCAUUACUUAAAUAGAUUUUAGAAGCAUAACAUAAUAUUUUACGAAUCUAGAUUUGUAACUUAUUUGCAUAUUCUAUCACAUCACAGUAGAAGACAAAAAUGUAACACGUAGAUGAAUUUAAUUCAAAUUUAGGGUAAUUCAAAAUUAAACUUUUAUUUGUGUAUACUUAAGCAACUGCACAGUUUCGUUUAUGCGAAUAUACCAACUAAGCAAUUCAAUGCUAACUAAAUAAAAAAUCAAAUUUUUUACAAUGAUAGUUUUGAAGAAUUAAAGAAAGUAACAACAAUAUCAAAAUUGCUAUAUUGCUCGACACUUUUUUCAAUAGUUCAGCCUCUCCAAAUAUUUAAAAAAACUUCGCGUGUUUCUUAUUUUUUACAUUUUUUUAUUUAAUCCUCAUUCUUGAAAGUAAGAGAAAGCCACCUGAUAAUGAAAGUGGGAAAAAAUAGACAAAUUUAUCAGACGCCAAGAAAAUAAAGUAUGAUGUAAAAACAUCCAACUGAAUAUAUAAGAUGGUUUUUUAGAUAAUUAGAAAUACUUGCAGAAUAUUGCAUGCAUAAAUCUAUUUUUUAUAUAAUAAAAUAGGAAACGAAUAUUAAGACAAUCUAGUGUCCCAUUUGCGUCCUGCAUUUUAAAUGCCAUUUAAAACUAAUAACUUAGGUUGUUUGCAAUAAUGCACGCUAUUAAUUUGAAUAAUAAGAUUUGAUUUAAUAAUGAAAUGCUGUGCAAAAGAUAUUUUAUAAAAAUUCAUAAUCUUUUCACGAAUAAUAAUUUUGUAUAAUCAACGAUGCUUGCUAAUAAAUUGGUCUGCUAUCAUAGAAUAAUAGUUCCUCGGAUUGCAUUUCGUUAUAAUUCACAGUGAUAUACAUGCGAAGUAUCAAGAAUUAUUUCAUCUAAUCAAAACCAGUAUAUUUUUUCAAAUAAUACUAUACUGACUAUUUUUACAUUUGCUAUUUUUUCACAUCAAAUUAAUUUAUCGAGUGCAUUGUUGUGGAAGCCUGCCUUAAAAUUUGUAAUCGAUUGCACGAAUUCCAAUGUAUUUGUUACCUUACAUAAAUUCGAACGAGAUUAAUAUUUACUAUUUAAUUUAUUAAAAUUUCUUCCGCGAUGUCUUGCUAUAGUUCUAAAAUGGUGUAAAAAUGGUGCAUUUUUUGAUAGUAUACAUGGUGAAAUGUAAGCUUUCACUAUGAUCAUUGUUGUAGAUAGCUUAUGUAUACGUUUACAUUUUUUUAAAUGUUAAAUGCAAUUUUUGUGAGCUUUAAAAGACUAGUAUUUCUGCCACUAUCAGAAAGUUUUAAUUUUUAAAAUAGAAAGAGUGAAGGAAGCAUGCCGUUUGCGACGAACGGUACCCUUUGCGCUUUUUGUACGUUUGGUUUAAUUGUAGAAAAUUAUGUUUGUACAUAUGAAAACUAAUUUUUUUAUAAUUUUUAAAUGCUAGGAAAAAAAUAUUUAUUAUUGUAUAAAAAUAAUGAAUGUGGUAUCUAACAUUUUGAAUCGAAAUAUUAUUUGUUACUACAUUUUCACGUACUGCGAAGUGAAUCGUAAAUGAUUCGAUAUAAAAAUCAUUAUUAAUUGAAUAAUUACCGUUACGAUUAUAAAUGUAGUACUUAACUGUUAUUAAAAUUGGAAUAUUAUGGAAAAUUAAUAAAUGAAUGAGAUGCUACAAUUUUUAGAGUAACUAUGCGUUCAAAGUUAGCUAUUCAAUUUUUUAGAGAGUGUUCAAUGAUGUAUUAGACUGUACAAAGCAAAUUUGUCCACACAUUAUGUAAAAUAAUUAUGGCUUUUUUACAAGAGUAUAUUUUACAUUACACAAUGUUAAUUGUAAAUAGAAUAUGUUGGGGCCAAACACUUUUUGUAUAAAUAGGGCCGUGUAUUUCGACUCCGUGUUUGAUGAAGAGAAAAUCCAAUAAAGAAUGCACAUUUUUUAUAUUAAGCUGCUUCGAACGUCCACGCAAAUAUUUUUUGUAAAUAAGCAAAUCUAUACUUUUAACAAUUCUUGUAAUAUUAUAAAAAAUUACAGUAGAUAAAAUAGAACAAGAUGGUAGACUUGGAAUGUAGACUACUUGGUCGUCAUUCAUCUGUAGAAUAUCGUAUUUUGGAAUUUAUCAAGUUUAUAUCAUUGACUACACAAAACAUUUACAUCUAUUACAACUAGCAGGCAAAAUGAAUUGGGUUUGUAUCGGACAGAUACCGAUUUUAUACGAAUAUUUAAAUUUUGUUUAUUUAACACGAUGUUUUUUCAAUUCAACAGAAAAUAUAUAAUAGUACCUAUUUAUUAAUAAAAAGAAAUUAUUAUUGAACAUAAACUUCCUAUAGAAAAUUUAAUUAGAAAAUAAUUGGCAUAAUACAUUAGAGAGCACUAUAUUAAAGAAAUUAAAUUAAAAAAUUAUUGUAGAAUCAGUAUCUAUACGAAACAAGGCCGGUCGUAAAAUGUCAUUAAAUUUAUCGCUAUUUAUUCAAUUAGUAAGUAGCUUUUCUUAGGAGUCUACGAAUUAUUUCAAUACAUGGUGCUAUAUUUAUUGUAAAAGUGUAAAUGUUUGUUAUAGUCUUCCUACGUAGGUCUAUUUAUUAAGUCAUGUAAUUAAUCUUGUCAUAAAAUAAAAUUUUUUUACGAAAUACUCUUCGAAUUUUUUUUAAAUUUGUUCUCGAAUGGAAUGUAUGCGUUUAUUUAAAUACACGGAGACGACGUCGAUUCGAUCCGCCUACACACUGCUAUAUUUCAGACUUUCACAGGCAGAUUGUCUGAAAUUGUGUGCGCAGUGUUUAGCAAACUUUAGAGACUGAUCAUGAUUACUAUACAUCGAUUGUGUCUUUAAAAUACUCCAGAUAUUAAAAUUAAUAUCUUGUCCCAUCGAUUCGAUUUUGCAUUGUUGCAUUUAUUGUAACGGG